AAAAAAAAAAAAAACAAUGUCCGUUUUGCUACAAUAAUUCACACUGUAAGUGGCUCUAUCUGUUUGUGUAGUGAUCUGUAAAGCUGUUGAUGAUCAUCAUCAUCAUCACAUAAUAGCCAUGGCAACAGAAGUAACAGUAGCAGCUGCAGUUCCAGCUCCGGUGAAGGAAACAAAAUCAGCAUCUCCCGAUCUUCUUCAACUCACAUUUACAGACACUAAUAAUAAAUCACCAUUAUUACAAGAAGAAGAAGAAGAAGAAGACGACCUCGAUGCCGUGAUCGCUCGGAUUUCACCUAUUGCUUCUGCUCCUUUUACACCUAAUCCAGUAGAAAAACGGAGAAAGUUGAAACCGGCAAAACUCAAGUUUCCAUCAUUAAAAAAGGACACCACCGACAAGAACAAGAAACUUAAGAAGGUUGGACGUCCUCGAGGAACUUAUAAGAGGGGUUUGGGAAAAGUAAAGGCUGCAACCAAAAAAGGCGAUGCUGAAGUUCCAAACUCACCAACUAUGAUCCAAGCACAGGAAGUUCUAUCGAGCCUUGGAAAUGAACAUCCUACCUUUAUAAAACCAAUGCUUAAGACACAUGUUGUUACUUGUUUUUGGAUGGGCGUUCCAUUGUCUUUCUGCAGGUCACAUCUACCAAAAGAUGACUCUUCAAUCGUAGUUGAAGAUGAAAAUGGAAAGCAAUCUACUCUCAAGUUCAUUGCAUCCAAGUUUGGGCUUAGUGCAGGGUGGAGGGGGUUUUCAAUUGCACAUAAAUUGCGGGAAGGGGAUGUUUUGAUCUUCCAGUUAGUUGAACCCCGCAAGUUUAAGAUUUAUAUAGUAAGGGCAAAUGAUUCAAAAGAAGCUGAUGGUGCACCAAGCAUUUUAACCGAUGAGGCGCACAAGGAACACACAACUCCAGAAAUGCCCAAUUCAAUUCCUAAAACUAAGGGGAGAAAGCGUUCUAGUUCUCCUUCCCUAACCAUGUUUCAGAAGAAGCAAAAGAGGUCUAAACGACCGACUCAGCUUAGCACCCAAGCCAUGGAACAUUCUGGGGUUGGCUCAGAAGUUCAAGGAGGUUCCCCAAAAGCGAUUCUUUCAGUAGAAGAAUCGAACACCUUCAAAGACUUUCACAUUGUGGUCAACAAAGUAUGCAUUGACUCGGAGCUUUCAGAAGAAAUCCGACUAGAUUACUACAAUCUUUGCAUGGAAAGGAACGAAAUCCUUCAUGAUGGUGUUCCAGAUGGCCUUUUUCACAAGUUGGUGGCGGGUAUGAUUGGUGAAACCGUAAGCAUUGCAAAUGCUCUAAGAAACUGUAAGCUGACUACAAGGAAGGAAGAAUUCGAUCAAUGGGAUAGUUCCCUAAAAUCAUUUGAACUUAUAGGCAUGAAAGUUGGUUUUUUACGCAGUAGAGUACGUGUGCUCGCAACAUUCGCAAUUGAAUCUGUAGGUGCAAAACAAUACGUGGAGGCUAUAAAGAAACGAAACAGGAAUGAAGAUGAGAUCAAAAUUUUGGAGACCAAGCUGGAAGAGUUAUAUGAAAGUAAUAGAAAGAUCGACGAGUUUGUGGGUGGUCUGAAAGAGAAAGCUGAGAAGGAUGAAAUUGAGUUCCAGAAAAAGGUGGAGGAACCAUGGUAGCAAUGGUAAUAAGGUCUUGAACCUAUUUGUGGUUUUCGUUUUCUUGACUUUUGACUUGUGAAUAGCUUCGGCUUAAGAAUUGUACUUUGAUCAUGUAGGUCAUCAGUAGUGAUAAGCUCUUGAAGCUAUGGUAGUGCGUGUUUGAGUAUUGACCAUGUUGACUACUAGGUAGUUUAGGCUUGUACUUUUGUCUUCCCUGGUAAUAAAUUCUUGGUGAUAGGUUGGUUUAUGUUUCA